CAGCCAGUGCUCUAGUUUCUCACACAGAUGCUGCUGCUGGGUCAGUGUUAUGCCGUCUAUUAAUAAUAACAGAGUCAAAACAGCCACAGCGAGGACAAGAAGAAGAAGGAAAAUCUCUAUCACCGUGUCUCCUUUUUUUCCAUCUGCAGGGAUGAACCCAACAAUGUGACACAAGCCCGCGGCAACUUCCGACACAAACGCUUUUUAUCCACCUUUAAAUCCGUUUUUUAUUGCAGGUGCCAUUGUCUGGUUCACCUCUCACACUGCUGGCAGACAGUCUCUGGCUCUGCUCGGGGCACUUUAUUGCGGUCAUCCAUCUGCACGAGCGGCUGCGGCUUGUUGGUAAACACAAAUCGGAUCCCGCCGGCAAGGACUCCCUCUGGUGCAUUGAUGCACCCGUUUCAGUGGUGUAACGGGUGCUUCUGUGGUCUGGGACUGGUUUACUCCAACAAGUCGUGCACCAUGCCGCCCAUCACCUUCCAGGACCUGCCGCUCAACAUCUACAUGGUCAUCUUCGGGACAGGCAUCUUUGUCUUCAUCCUGAGCCUCAUCUUCUGCUGUUACUUCAUCAGCAAACUACGACACCAAGCCCAGAGUGAGCGGUUUGGAUACAGAGAGGUGGUGUUAAAAGGAGAUCCAAAAAAGUUGAAUCUUCAUGGGCAGACGUGCGCCGUGUGUCUCGAGGACUUCAAAGUGAAAGACGAGCUGGGAGUGUUGCCAUGCCAACAUGCUUUCCACAGGAAGUGUCUUGUAAAGUGGCUGGAGGUGCGCUGCGUCUGCCCCAUGUGCAACAAACCCAUAGCCGGCCCCCCUGAGCAGCACCACAGCAUAGGGACUCUUCUGGAUGAACUGGUGUAACCUCAUGUCUCCUUCAAGUCUGGACGGGACGCAGGCGCCCACGCCAAACCAGCUGAUAUAAAGUUAGCAACCGACAGGAGGAGGGACACUGUUGUUGCUGUUAAAAUCACAGAAAAGACAUCAACAUGAGGAUAGUAAGUUGGGGUAACCUAGUUACCACCCAGAGAAAGACUCUGAAGGAUGCUGUUGCCUAGCAACCAUCUCCGAGAUGGCAACACGACACCUUGUGGUGUCUGAGAGAUUAUCUCCAGCCACCCACACAUCACUCCACCACUCUUCUUUCAACAUACCCCCCUCUCCACCCGCUCCGUCACAUCACAUCUUCUCUUGUUGCCUCGAGUCAGGUUAAUGGCACCACCGAAGAAGAGUCUCAUUUGUCACAGUGAUGUGGACAAGUGAGUGCUUGAGGAUGACAGCACUGGGUAGGAGGCACUGAUCCCCUCCAAGCAUGUUUGAGUGUCGUAUGUCAUGGUGGUCACUGAUAUGAAAUAAUAUCAAUACUGUCUGAGGUUUUAAAAACUCUUUCAGACGAAAAGUUUUGACACAAAGCCACAGAGGAAAUUUUCUGCUCAACAUCUCUGCCAGUAGCACAGAACAUGAUGACAGGAGUUACACUGCUAACAAUACAGUAAGGUCUUUAUAAAAACAACAGCUAGAACGAGGGUGUGAAGGUCCAGUGUGCAGGAUUUAGGCGGAUAUACUGGCAGAAUUGAGAUAUAUACUGAACACUUUAAAAGUGAGCACUUCUCCAUGGAAAUACAUCCCCCUGACAGGUGUGGCAUAUCAAGAUGCUGAUUAAACGCCAUCUUUACUUCACAGGUGUGCCUUGGGAUGGUCACAAUAAAAGGCCAUGUGAUAUAAUAUAAAAGUAUGUUUUCUUUAGUGUAUAAUCACCUGGAAAUAAGUGGCUUCAUUAACUUAAAAUUAGCCUUUUAUAUCUACAUAGGGAGUGGGUUCUCGUCUACGGAAAUGGCCAUGUUGCACCACCAUGUUUUGACAGUAGCCCAGAAAAGACAAACCAAGCACUGGCUCUAGAUGAGGCCAUUUGCAUUUUUGCGUUUUCGUGUCAGCUACCAUCAUCAGAAGCCCCUCCUAGACGAGAGCAUCUGAAAACUGCAGAUUUUUUAACCUAAAACUGCUUUUUUCAGUGUUUUUACUGGUUUAAAUCACUGGAUCUGUUGGCUUUAGAGGGGAGGAGACCUCUGUGGAUAAUUCAGCUCUCGGUAAAAACCUCCCAAAUGUCUGGAUCUUAAGUUAUGAGAGAAAAACAGAGCAAACACUAGCAAACACUGAGAAAGCGGCUUGUUUCUGACACACCAAACAGCAUCAGAGAAGUUUCAGCUAGUUGCAAUCUGUCGUCCUCACUGCUAGAUUCCACUGUAUCACCCUAAAUCUCACACACUGGACCUUUAAUAAAAUUGUCUGUAGCCAGACGAGAAUAAAUAAUACUGUAACACAGACAUAGAUAGGAUUUAUUAAAACGUCUCUAAAGGAAAUUAAAAACUUGUUUAAGAAGAUUUGUACCUAAGAUUAUAAAUUCAAGUCACUCUGGUUAAAGAAAUGAUGUGAAAGGUGGAUUCAGGUGUCAUCAGGACCUUAAUUAUUCAUAUAUACUUAGAAGAAGCAGCUGGAGCUGUUGUCCACAUGUAGCAAAUUAAUCAGUAUUUCCAUCAAGUCAAAGCGAUUGAUUUUCCUGCUGAUACGUGCAACUGAACCUGAUGUGUCAAAUCCAUAUUGGUGCCCGCCUCUCCCGUGAUACCAUGUAUGUUCUGCGUGUUGUUUUAUUGUUGAGACAUGUUUUUAUUGUGUUAAUAUAGAUGGAAGGAACUGACACCUCCUGCCUUUCACUGUUGGUUCUUUGUUGAAAUAUGUUUUUUUUUUAGAUAUUGCACUUUAAAUUCACAAAAAACAUGCCUUUGUUCUUCUAAAGCGUUAGACUAAGGUUUGGAUGCAGCGCAGCAGGUUCCUUCGUUUUCAGGUGUGGUGAAUCGUUUAUAAAAGUCUGUGAAGUAUUCGAGAUGCUGCUUCAUCUGAAGAGAAGAGAGGCAGCAGUACAGACGCUCGGUGUUGUUCUGUGAAUUCAUCUGGGAAGAAACUAAAUCUCACUUUCAUACAUUUCUGUGGCAUUAUUGCUGGUGGUUCUAUUUUUACAUUCCUCAAGUGUAGGUUUUUGUGUGUGUGUGUGUUAUUUACAACAAUUCAGAAAGCGAAACACUGCCUAAAAUUGAGCACAAAACUCACAAAGCACAUUGUCCCGAUACAGAAGGCACCUGCACUGUAAUUAAAAGGCAAACACUCACACGUGAGGCUGUUGAAUUCACGAGUCUGCGUGCCAAGAAAAGAAAAGAAAAUGUCAAAGAGAUUUGUUCACUCUGAUUCUGGCCACAUUCCACAUUUUGUUAUCCAAACAGAUGUAAAUAACUUGAAACAAUAAUAAAUACAGUUGUCUGUUUUGUUCA